GUGACGUUGAGGUUGAGGAGGGAAAGGAAGGGGAAUCCACCCAUUAUUGCUGAAAAUCUUGAGGAGAGCGGUCCCCUCCCAUGGGUCUCAGGAAAGCCAGAAACCUCUCCUAGAAAAAUUCCAUAUCGACUCAGUACCCCUUUUGGUGGAAAGCUACAUCUCGAGAACUCUUGACAGCAAUAAAUGCCAUUCCCACAACAGCAAAGACAAAUACCACCAUAUUAGAGAGGGCCUUAAUCACCGGGUGGAUUGCAGACCAAGCUCCAGUGGCAGCCACCAUCCACCAUGAAAUAAGGGAGUUUUAUAAGCUAAAUUUGGGCAAGGGAAAAUGAAAACAAGUGAGGCUGACUUGUAAAAGCUGCCUCUCCUAUUAUAAAUGUUUGUUUGCAGCCGAUGCUGGGGAAGCUAGUUCAUUUCGGGAAGUUGUGGUCCAGAAACGACAAGCGGUUUCAGAGAAGACUUUAGCCCUUUUCGUGAGCGGUUAUAUAGAAAGGUUGGGAGCCCCCACCCCACCGUCUGAUGACCCGGCUUUGUCCUUAUUAGCUUUCGUUUUGUUCAAUUAAAAAAUAAUUUUGUAGCAACGUCCGAAAGACUUACCAGCGUGGGCGCAUCGUCACCUCAGCCGUUUGUCCCCACUCUAUUUCUUUAUCUCCCUUUGUAUAUUUUACAGUGCUGGGGAUGACAAAGAGUCUCUGAGGUCAUCUCUUCCGGCUUCCAAACUCGAGCAUCUCCUUCUCUUGAGUUUGAAUGGUCGCCAAGAAGAGACUCCAUACAAUGGAAGUUGCUGGAGAAUCUCUCAUUGAGAAUGGAGCAUAUUUUAAUAGAGCUAUAGAAGUGAAGAAGUUUGAUGAAACCAAAGCUGGAGUUAAAGGGCUUGUGGACUCUGGUGUGGAGAAGAUUCCCAGAUUCUUCAUCCACCCACCGGAGAACUUGCAGAGGUCUCUGUCUGAAACUGGUGGGACUAGUUUUCAGGUUCCAGUGAUAGAUUUCAGGGGCCUGGAUAUGGGUCAAAGAGCAGAGAUUGUGAGAGCAAUUCGCAAAGCUUCAGAGACAUGGGGCUUCUUCCAGAUGGUCAAUCAUGGAAUUCCAAUUACCAUCAUAGAAGAGGUGUUGGAAGGAGUGAGACGAUUCCAUGAGCAGCCGCAGGAGAUGAAGAUGGAGUGGUACUCACGGGACUCGAAGCAACCAGUGAAGUAUUACUGCAACGGGGACCUCCAUGUAUCAAAUGCUGCAAACUGGAGGGACUCCAUAUCCUGUGAGUUCCCGGAUGGAACUCUGGACCCCGAAGCUUUGCCUCGUGUAUGCAGAAAGGAGAUAACAGCGUACAUCAAAUGCAUGGCUGAACUGAAGGAGAUGGUGGGUGAAUUACUAUCUGAGGCUCUGGGGCUGAGCAGUGACCACCUUAAGCAGAUGGGAUGUACGGAGACUCAAACAUUGGUGUGCCACUAUUACCCAGGUUGUCCCCAGCCAAACUUGACUCUAGGUGCUACCAAGCAUUCAGACCCGAGUUUUAUAACUAUUCUUCUGCAAGACAACAUUGGUGGCCUACAGGUUCUUCAUCAGAAUCAGUGGGUGGAUGUACCUCCUGUACAUGGAGCUCUGGUGGCAAACCUUGGGGAUUUCAUGCAGCUUAUCACCAAUGACAAGUUCAAGAGCGUGGAGCAUAGAGUACUGGCUAGACAGGUUGGACCGAGGAUAUCAGCUGCAUGUUUUUUCUAUCCGAGUACUAUCAAUACGUAUAAGCCUUAUGGGCCAAUAAAGGAGUUUCUAUCGGACAAUAAUCAGCCAAUCUACAGGGAAACUCAUGUCAAUGAAUAUUUAGCCUAUUACAGGUCCAAAGGAUUGGAUGGUACAUCAGCCCUUCCUCAUUUUAAGCUAUGAUGAAUGCAUGCUAGUAAUUUGUGUAGGGUUGAUUAUGGUGUGACGUGCUUUCAAAUUAUGUCCAAUCUGUAUUAGUACGGCUGUUAAUUUACUCUAUUGUUAUGAUGGAUCAUGUUUCUGUAUGAGCUCUAAUUUUAUAUUUCAUCUCAAGGUUUCGAGAAA